UUCCCCCAGGAUGAUCUAGCUUAUUUAAACUCCACCUCGAGAGAACGCAUGAUCGUUCAUUCUACCAGUCGCAUGGCCGCACAGUGACCUAUCCGACUUGGCGGUCUCACCUAACCUCUCGGCGAUUGCGCGGUAGAAUCAACUUCUCGACUUCCCUUCGAAUGCAGACAUACAAGCCAGCAUCGUCAUGGCGGGCAAUCUCGGUGGAGAUUCGAGAACUACUCAUGGUAUUCGCAGGUCUGCGACAGAUCCUGCGAGCGCUUCGGCCAGAACAAUGGAUUCGAGAGCUUCGCAAGACAGAGAUGCCCACCGGGUUCGAUUCUCGCAGGACGCGGAGAGGGAACUGGUAGUAAUGUCUCCAUCUAUUCCGGAACAGGGAGCUGGAAUGCCGAAUUUGACGAUCGAUACUCAGGCGCUUCCUCAGAGGCCAGUCGAGGCUCCUAGACCCGCUGGUACCAACCCUCCGAUUAGAGCCGCGAAUCCAGCCUCACCCACUUCGCCUCGGACGAGAGAUAGAGGGUACUCGCUGCGGCGAUCGCUGUUUACGAGGGCGAUAAACAGUAAACCAGACGACGGCCCAUUCGAGCUUGUAGAAGCCAGCUCUUCCCAGGAGCAAAAUGCGGCAGCGAGACAUUUAGAGGAGGAGAAGGGCAUGCGGCCAUCUUCGGCUGUGACACCUAUCGCUGAGGAGAAUGAUACGGCUGUGUCAAGAACUGAGGUAUCUGGGAGCUGCACGGAUUCAUUACCUUCGAAGGGGAAAGAGAGGACGUUUGGGACUUUGAAUUUGCCGAAUUAUGAUGUCUGGGCAAGGAAACGGAUAAGGGGGAAUAAGCCCCUACAGAAGGCUAAAAUGUGGAAGGAUAAAUUCACUAUGACAGUGUUACGGCAGACGCCAAUUCCUCCCUCGAAAGAUGGGCGGCAUAUAGAUCUCGAUGCCUCGAGCACAAGACCUCCGCUGGAUGAGAGGACUGGUAAGGAUCACAUCGGGAACUCGAUCCGAUCGAGUCGAUAUACAGUGUGGAAUUUCCUGCCUCGACAAUUGUUCUUUCAGUUUUCGAAGUUGGCAAAUGCGUAUUUUCUCCUGGUGUCUAUUCUCCAGAUGAUUCCGGGUUUGAGUACGACAGGUACUUACACGACGAUUGCUCCGCUAUUGGUGUUCGUGGCUAUUAGCAUGGGCAAGGAAGGGUACGAUGAUUAUCGACGGUACAAGCUAGACAAAGUCGAGAAUAACAGGGAGACGCUGGUUCUACAUUCGUUUCGUCCUGCUCAUUUAGCUGGCCCGAAAGACCUCGGGAGCAAGUUGAAGGGUAUGGUGCCGUCCAAAGGCCAGAUGAAAUCAUCCUUGAAAGAGUUUUCCCGUGCUGAAGAAUCUGAGGAGUCAAGGCAUUGGAUGAUACUGAAAUGGAGGGAUAUAAAGGUAGGAGACAUCAUCAAACUCCGCCGCGAUGACCCCAUACCUGCAGACGUGGUGCUCCUCAAUGCUGAUGGACCCAAUGGUAUCGCCUACAUCGAAACUAUGGCUCUAGAUGGCGAGACCAAUCUGAAGAGCAAGCAAGCCCCCCCUCCAUUAGCCAAGCGUUGCACUACUGAAGAAGCAAUCGCUGCUUGCCGAGCACACAUCGUAGUUGAAGAUCCCAACAUCGAUCUGUACAAUUUCGACGGGAGAGUCACUGUCGAUGGAGAGACGUUACCGCUCACGACCAACGAAGUCAUUUUCCGAGGCAGUACACUGAGGAACACCUCAACAGCUAUCGGUAUGGUCAUCAAUACGGGCGAAGAUUGCAAAAUCCGCAUGAACGCCAAUAAGAACCCUCGAACCAAAGCCCCAGCCAUCCAAUUCGUCACCAACAAGAUCGUCAUCAUGCUCGUAGUCUUCGUCGUCAUCCUCGCGCUCUUCUGCACCAUCGCCUACCAGAUAUGGUCGAAUCAGACCGAGAGCAAGGCAUGGUAUCUCGAGGGUCUGCACGUCAAUUUUGCACAGAUUAUUAUUGGGUUUAUUAUUCUCUACAAUACGCUAAUUCCGCUGUCGUUGUAUGUUAGUUUGGAAAUCAUCAAGGUGGGACAAUUGGUGCUUAUGAGUGAUAUUGAGAUGUAUGAUCCGGUUUCCGAUACGCCCAUGACUUGCAACACUACUACUAUUUUAGAAAACCUUGGUCAAGUCAAUUACAUAUUCUCUGACAAGACUGGAACCCUCACCGACAACAUAAUGAAAUUCCGGAAGCUUAGCGUGGCUGGCUAUGCGUGGUUGCACGAUUUCGAUUUACAAGAAGAAGCUGCAAAGCUUGAGGAGGAACGUGAAGGCGAAAAAAACCGCGCAGCCGAAAAGAGCGAAAAGAAGAAAGGCAAAGGCAUUAUGAAGCUGUCUUCCAAGAAGAAGACAACUAUCCGGCCGGAAAAUGUACGAAAAGAAUCUGCCAUGUCGAGCUCUACAGUCCGCCCAUCGUUGUCCAUUCGCCGAUCUGGAUCUAUAAAUCUAUGGAAAUCAUCUGCCAGACCUUCCAAAGCGCAGCCAGAGAUGCGAACUGAGGAUUUACUCAACUUCAUGCAUCAUAAGCCGCACAGUGUCUUCACGAAGAAAGCAAAAUUCUUCCUUCUCUCACUGGCUCUUUGCCAUACCUGCCUUCCCGAGGUGCAAGAGAAUGGAGAUAUCGAAUUCCAAGCUGCUUCUCCGGAUGAAUUGGCACUAGUCAAGGCAGCGCAGGAGCUUGGCUACCUGGUUAUCGAUCGACCUGCAAAGUCGAUCACUUUAUCGCAUCCUGGUCCAGGCGGACCAGACUCUGGCGAACAAGUCACCGAAACCUAUGAUAUUCUAGACGUUAUUGAAUUUUCAAGUAAACGGAAGCGCAUGUCUAUUGUCGUCCGCUUUCCAAAUGGCAGGAUAUGCAUUUUCUGCAAAGGAGCCGAUUCGGCCAUCAUGCCACGUCUGAAGCUGGCCCCGUUGGCCCUUCAAAAGAAAAAUGAAAUCUCGAGACGGUCAAGUAAGAGGAAAAGCAUUGAAGCUGAAGAAGCUUUACGGCGAAUGAGCGAGAGUAGUCCUAGGAACAGCAUGAGCUUGAACGGGCCCAGCAUGACCGCUAACAGGAAAAGUAUUGGUGGGAGGCCGAGUAUGGCCAGUUCAAGGCUACAGCCUAUCCGUGACGAGCUGGAUACUUGGUUGAGGAGGCAAGAGAGUGAUGUGGAAUCCGUAUCCGAUGAAUCUGGCGCCUAUUCUCCCAGAGUAUCUAUGGCUAGACCGUCUUUUGGAUCUGGUGACCGCAGGUUUUCGAGUAUCAGCGGCAUCUCGGCUAUGGAAGGACGCUUGGAUGAUAUGAUUGAAGAGAGGUUGGUCCUGGAUGACUCGGCUGUAUUCGAACGCUGCUUCCAGCAUAUCGAUGAUUUUGCUUCCGAGGGUUUGAGGACUCUCUUGUAUGGAUACCGGUUCCUGGAUGAGCAGGAAUAUCAUGGCUGGAAGAAAAUAUACCUCGAUGCUACAACUAGCCUUGUCGACCGCCAGGACCUGAUCGAGAAUGCUGGAGAGCUGAUCGAGCAGAACUUUGAUCUCGCUGGUGCCACUGCUAUUGAGGAUAAGUUGCAGAAAGGAGUUCCCGAAACAAUUGACAAGCUGAGGCGAGCUAACAUCAAAAUCUGGAUGUUGACUGGCGACAAGCGAGAAACUGCCAUCAACAUCGGCCACAGUGCUCGUAUUUGCAAGAAUUACUCGACGAUUGUUGUUCUUGACUAUACCACUGGUGAAGUUGAGCAACUCAUGGCAUCAACUUUACUUGACAUCAGUAAAGGGGCAAUACCUCAUUCUGUAAUUGUUGUUGAUGGACAAACACUCUCCGAAAUCGACAACAACGAGACUUUAGCUCUCCUAUUCUUCGAUCUGGUGGUUCUCGUAGACUCGGUCAUUUGCUGUCGCGCCAGUCCAAGUCAGAAGGCUUCGCUAGUCAAGAGAGUCAGAACGAAGGUCAAGAAGUCUCUCACCCUGGCCAUUGGAGACGGUGCCAAUGACAUCGCCAUGAUUACAGACGCUCACGUCGGUAUUGGAAUCAGCGGGAAAGAGGGACUGCAAGCCGCUAGAAUUGCUGAUUACUCCAUCGCGCAGUUCCGCUUCCUCCAACGCCUCCUGUUUGUUCACGGCCGUUGGAACUACGUGAGAACAGCGAAAUAUAUCUUAGCAACGUUCUGGAAAGAACUGCUCUUCUACCUCCUGCAAGCAUUUUACCAGAAAUGGGCUGGGUACACGGGCACAUCGCUAUUCGAAUCCACGUCUUUGACUGUCUUCAACACGCUGUUCACGUCCCUUGCUGUUAUCUUUCUCGGAAUAUUUGAGCAGGAUCUAAACGCGUCGACGUUGCUAGCUGUACCAGAGCUUUAUGUUUCUGGCCAGCGUAAUGCUUCGUUCAAUUUCAAAGUGUAUAUUGCCUGGAUGUUCAUGGCGACCUCAGAAUCCGUCAUUAUUUACUUCUUGAUGUUUGGGCUGUUUGGCGAAGCAAUCUUCACAAGAGACGAUGAUUUACUUGCUAUGGGAACGCUGGCAUUCUCGGCAGCGGUGAUUUUCAUCAACACCAAAUUACUCCUCAUCGAAAAACACAACAAAACUAUAGUCUCCUUCCUCGGCUGGCUCAUCUCAGUAGGUGGCUGGUUCUUUUGGACACUCCUGCUCUCCAUCGUCUUCACGCCUGGCAAGACUUAUCCGCUUUACGCCAUCAAAGAUGGUUUCCUGAAAGGCUACGGCCGAAAUCUGCUCUGGUGGCUUGUGCUUAUCCUCACACUCGCUGCACUCACUCUACUGGAGCUGGGAGUGAGUAGUGUGAGGAAGGCGUUCUGGCCUACGGAUGUAGAUCUGUUCCAAGAGUUGCAGAAUGAUCCUGCAAUUCGACAGCGCUUCGAGGAGGCAUUGAGGAGAGAGGAGGACGGUGUGGGUGGCGUUAUGAAUGGUAAUACCUUGCUUGACGCAGGAAAGGAGAAUAUGAGUGUCGAGGAUUCAGCGAGGAGGGAGGGCGAGGUCCAGGAGUUGCUGGAAAGACCGAGGGUGAUGCAUGUGCAUACUCAUGGGACGUUUGGUGAUGAGCAUGGCGAUGUACUGAAAAGCCCGGUUGAAAUGGGGGAGCAGCAGCAUCUGACGAGGAGGAGGGUCUCGCUCGAUCCUAAUAAUAUCGGGGUGGGAUCUGCUGGCAGGGAUUCGCAUGCUCGUGGGAGUUUGGACGGCGUGUCCUGCGGAGCUUAG